UUUCCAUCGGUUAAUUCAUCAUCGCUUGAAAAUUGUAUAUCUGAUCCAGGAUCUGUUGUUGAAAAAUAUGGAAAUAGCUUAUUUCAAAUCAAAUAUUUAACUAUGGAAAAUAAUUUAUAAAAAUUUAGAUAAACACAUUAACACCGGUUUCAAAUUUAAAGGGAAGCAGCAUGAAUCGAUGAACAAAAUAUUUUACAAAUUUACGAUAUUGUUCUUAUUCAAAAGUAAAAACGGCAACUAGAACAAUGUUUGUUUUGUACAGAAAGUUCUAGGAAUAAAUUUUAGGAACUAAAAUUCUUGUGGGAACUUUUGAUCUCUACAGGAAAACGUAAUCAUCAAUAUUGAAAAUCAGUCAAUUGUAACUAUAUAGACAAGAAAGAGGAGUAGUUAUACAGUCAGUAUUGUGUAGUCAAAUCAUUUUAAAGUAACAUAGUAAAUUAGAUUAACUUACAUACAAUAUAAUCAGAUCAAUUUACAUCCCAAUAAGAAAUUCAUGGUCAUUCAUCAACAACCUACAUAAUAUAAUAUAAUCAUCAAAUAUCAUCAUUAUUAUCAAUAAGAAAUUCAUUAUAAUAAUAAUAAUAAUUAUAUUGCAUAUUAGUGGACCAAAGCUGGAAUAUAAAAUAAUCAUUUAAAUAAAAGUUCAAAAAAAAAUAAAAUAUUUAUUUGGAAUUAAUAAAAGAAAAGCAUCAUUUAGUCAUAAGCUAUAAAAGGAAACAUAUAUUAAUUUUUACGCACCGGAAAAAAUAAUUUGUCGAAAAAAAAAGGGGAGUAGAAAAAAUGGGACGUAAAAUUACUGUAGCCGUUUCAACUCUUAAUCAAUGGGCACUUGAUUUUGAAGGUAAUUUAGCAAGAAUAAUGCAAUCAAUAUUACAAGCAAAAGAAAUGGGUGCAAGUUAUAGAACAGGACCAGAAUUAGAAGUAUGUGGAUACAGUUGUGAAGAUCAUUUUCAUGAACCUGACACAUAUUUACAUUCUUGGGAAGUUCUUCUUGAAAUUUUAUUAUCACCGCUCAGUGAAAAUAUUUUAAUUGAUGUUGGUAUGCCUGUUAUGCAUCGUAAUGUUGCCUAUAAUUGUCGUGUUGUUUUUUUUAAUAAACAAAUUUUAUUAAUACGUCCAAAAAUGGCAAUGGCUGAUGAUGGUAACUAUAGAGAAACUAGAUGGUUUACAUCAUGGACAAAAAAACGUGAAACUGAAGAAUUUGUUUUACCAAGAAUGAUAUCAGAGCAUACUGGACAAAAUACAGUUCCUAUUGGUGAUGCUGUAAUAGCAACAAAAGAUACAUGUAUUGGUUUUGAAAUUUGUGAAGAAUUAUGGAAUGUUAAUAGUACUCAUAUUGAAAUGUCUUUAUCUGGUGUUGAAUUAAUUGUUAAUGGUUCUGGUAGUUAUAUGGAAUUGAGAAAAGCUUAUAUAACAACAGAUUUAGUAAGAAAUGCUAGUUUCAAAGCUGGUGGAGCUUAUUUAUUUAGUAAUUUAAGAGGUUGUGAUGGUCAGAGAAUAUAUUUUAAUGGAUGUUCAGCUAUAGCUUUAAAUGGAGAUAUAAUUGCAAGAGGAAAACAAUUUUCAUUACAAGAUGUUGAAGUUACUGUAGCAACAAUUGAUUUGGAAGAUAUUCGAUCAUAUCGAGUUGCAUUACGUUCAAGAUGUACAACAGCUGCUUCAGUUCCAACAUAUCCUAGAAUUUAUUGCGAUUUUGAAAUGUCAACACAUGGUGAUAUCUUUAAAAUUUCAAAUUGUCCAAUGCAAUGGAUUUAUCAUAGUCCAGAAGAAGAAAUUGCAUUAGGUCCAGCUUGCUGGUUAUGGGACUAUUUACGUCGUUCUGGUCAAGGUGGAUUUUUCCUUCCAUUAAGUGGUGGUGUUGAUUCAAGUAGUUCUGCUACAAUUGUUCAUUCAAUGUGUAGACUAAUUGUUGCUGCAGUUGAUAAUGGUGAUGAACAAGUUUUACAUGAUGUUCGAAAAAUUUUAGGUGAUCAUGAAUAUACACCAGAUAAUCCAGCUGCUCUUUGUAAUCGUUUACUAGUUACAUGUUAUAUGGGCAGUGUAAAUUCAAGUAAGGAAACUCGACACAGAGCUUCAGUGUUGGCUAAUCAGCUCGGUAGUUAUCAUAUAGAAAUAAAUAUCGAUACAGCUGUUAAUGCACUGUUAGGAAUUUUUAACAUGGUAACUGGAUUAACCCCAAAAUUCAGAAAUCAAGGUGGAUGUCCAAGACAGAAUUUAGCUUUACAAAAUAUACAGUCCAGACUUCGUAUGGUUUUGGCUUAUUUAUUCGCUCAAUUAAUGCUUUGGGUACGUAAUCGACCAGGUGGAUUGCUAGUAUUAGGCUCAGCAAAUGUUGAUGAAAGUUUAAGGGGUUACUUAACAAAAUAUGAUUGUUCAAGCGCUGAUGUAAAUCCUAUUGGAGGAAUUUCAAAAUCUGAUUUAAAAAAGUUUUUAAUUUUUGCCAAAGAGAAAUUCAAUCUUCCAAUUCUAGAAGAAAUAAUUUCAUCUCCACCAACUGCUGAAUUGGAACCACUUUCUGAAGGAAAUUUAGUACAAACUGACGAACAAGAUAUGGGUAUGACAUAUGCAGAAUUAACAGAAUAUGGUCGUUUAAGAAAACAAGAUCAUUGUGGUCCUUAUAGCAUGUUUUGUAAACUAGUUGCGACAUGGAAAGGAGAUUUAACACCAAGAGAGGUCGCGGACAAAGUUAAACAUUUCUUUAGAUGCUAUGCAAUCAAUCGUCAUAAAAUGACUGUAAUAACUCCUUCCGUUCAUGCCGAAUCAUACAGUCCAGAUGAUAAUCGAUUCGAUCAUCGACCUUUCCUUUAUAGGGCAAAUUGGAGCUGGCAAUUUAAAGCAAUUGAUGAUGGGGUUGAAAAACUUACACCAACCCGUUCGGGUUCUAUUCAAAGGCAACCAACUCAACAUGAAACAUCUGCUGAAGAUAUUGAAUCAACUAGUCAUCACAGUCGUACAUUUUCACAUCGUGGUUCAAAAAAUUCAUCUCCACUAUCAUGCUCAUCAGCUGAAGCUGGAGGUAGUGGAACAACAAAAAAAGUACCAAAUACGUCCGCAGCAGCAACUAGUGGUGGUUAUAGUAAAGUGCAUGUUAAUGUUUUGGGGAAAAUAAAAGAUAGAACAGGAAUACCAGUUUAAAAUUUUCAUAGAUUUGCAUAUAUAUAUAUACUAUUUUUUAUAAAUUAGUAUUAGUGUUUUUUUUUUAUUUCAAUAUUGUUUUGCCAUCAAAUUUUUCUUGUAUUUGUUUUUUUUUUUUUUUAAAUUGAUAUUAACAUUAUGAAAUUAUUAAGAAUAAAUUCAAUCAUUUAUGCAUAAUGUUAUAGCUACAUGUAAUUAGGUCUAAAAUUAGAGUAAAUUAUUAUAUAUGGAUAUUUUCUUUAGAAAUUUAGAACAAUUAUUUUGUUAGUUAAUAGUGAGAAUCAAAUAUCUAGUUGAGAAAUUUAAAGAAAUUCGCAUUUUAGAACUGCACUAAAAUUAGGAAUUUUUCAUUACAUUCGAAUAUACAAGGGCUCUAUUUUAUAUAUAAAAACUACUUCUGAAUUUCAGGAAAUAAGAGCUGAUAGUUCAAUUCCACAAUUUAAGAAAUAAAAUCAAUUUCAGCCAGCUUAUCUCUUACUGAGUUAAGAGAUUUCAAUAAUAUUUAAUGUAAAAAAUUAAUUUUCCUUUUAAACGUUAAGAAAAUUUCAUUAGUACAGAAGCACAAGAGAAAACAAAUGCUUCAAAUUUUAUCUUAUUAAUAAUAAUAUUAAUUGUUCAUUCUUAAAUUAUAAUACUUUUAUACAAAACGCUUUAUUUAUUUGAGUUUUUAGCUCAAUUAAAGUCUAUUUUCAAAUUUUACAUUAUAAUUUUAUAUUAAAUUUAAAAUUAAUAAAUUAAUAAAAUACACUUACAGGACCACAAAACAAAACAAAAAACGGUAUAGAAUUUUCCCCCUAAAAGAAAAUUAUGCCUAUAUAUAACACAAAACGUAUUCAAAGGAAUUUAAUGUUUAAGGAAUUAAUAUUUAUUAUAGAAUUGAUAUUAUAGUACAUAUAUUUAGAAUUUAAACAAGACCUCUUACUAUUUAGCCUUGUAAAAAGAAAAUUAAAUAAAUUAAAAUAAAAAUAAAAUUUUUACUUUUAAAAUUUAGAAAUUAUACAAAAAAAAAACAUAAACUAUGUACAACUUAGUUAUUUAGUAAUGUCGAUCUUAUAUAGUGCGAUGAUUAUUCAUUAUAAUAAUAAUAUUAAAGAAAAUAAUAAUAUAAUAGAACAAAUAAUAUUUUCAAUUUUUAAAAAAUUUGGCCUUUUAUAAUAAAAAUAUUAAAAAAUAUAUAAAACAAUAAAACAUUAGAAGUAGUAAUGAGAAUAUUAUAAGAAAAUAUAAAAAA